AUGAGUUAAUUGGUUUCUUGUGGGAAAAGCAUUCUCAUUCAUGAUUAAUCUAUGGAUCCUGUUUUAAGAAUUAACCCACAUAAAUCUAGCAUUAAUUGUUGCAUUUGGAAUCACAAUAAUUGUGUUAUUGCAAGUUGUGGCAAUGAUGGAGUUAUAAUUUUAAGUCGAGCUACGGAUGGUGAAUCACUUUUGCCUUUGGAGCAUAACGGAAAAGCAAUUAAUGCAAUUUCAUUCACAUCUUCUAGCCAAUAUUUAGCAAGUGGAGGUCAUGAUUCAAUUGUGCGGGUAUGGGAUUUGAAAAAGAAAACUAUUCAAAGUCAUCUCAAAGGACAUUAUUCUUAAAUUAAUUCAUUGCAUUGGAAUUCUGCAGACACUCUCAUUGCAAGUGCCUCUAAUGUAGGUGACAUUCUAGUACAUGAUGUAAGUACACAAAUAGCAGUAUCCACAUUCAAUUUAAAAGGCUCAAAAACCCCUGGAUUCAAGGCAGUUAAAUUUAUGAGCAAAAAUCUCUUGUGCUCUGGCAGCAAUGAUGGGUCUGUGACAAUCUUUGAUCUAAAUAAGAAUGAAUAUCAAUGCAAUUUCUCAUCUUAACACACGAGUAAAGUGACAGGACUAAGUUUUACAUAAUCCUUAGUCUGUAGUGUUGGAACCGAUCAAAAAUGUUAUCUAUAUAGUAUUGUUGAUAAAAAGGUUACACAUACAAUUGCCUGUGAAAAUCCAUUGAAUUCUGUAGCCAUGCAAAAUGACGAUUAUUCUGUUACUGUGGGCACUCUGUAUGGAUAAAUCUAUGUGUAUGACAUAAGAAUGACCCAAAAACCGAAAUCUUAAUUUAGAGGACACGACAACUCUAGUGUUAAUUAUAUGGAAUAUUAAAACAUUGAAUAACAAUCUCAAUAACCUCCUGUGUCAUAAAGACUAUUAAAUGAAAGCAAUUUGAGUGUCCAAUCAUAACUAAAACCUAAUCCAGGAAAAUCCCCUUUGAUUUUGGAAAUCAAGAAAGACAGUACGAAAGACUUGAGUACUUUAAGUAAUAAAGAAUCAAUGAUUAAGAUUGAGUAAUAAAAGCAAAUGCAAUAUGAUCAAUUCCAAUCUCGUGUCCAAUCAAGUUAGUAAUCUAAAUUUGACUAAAGCACUAGUAAAAUUGAGGAUAUCUCUAGGAAAUAUGAGGUUAGCAGAGUAAUUGGUGGAUAAAAUGACUUUACUGAUGAGCAAAAGAAAUACAUUCAACAGUAGAUUAAUGAAUAAACCUAUCAAUUAAAGAAGAUCGUUUAGGAUAGUGUUAGUUCGAUGCAUGUUGAUAUGAUUAGAUAAUUUUAAAUUUAACAAAAUGAAAUGCAAUAACUGUUGGAUCAAUAUAUGAAGGAACAAAAAUCUCUUAAUUAGAAUAAGAGAAUCAGUAAUUAAAAAGAUAAUCGUAUUGAAAUAAAUUAAUAAUUUAUGUUAUAAGUUUAUCUUGUUAGAUAUGAUUGUUUUAAAAUACAAUAACUCAUUCCGAAUAGAAUCUUUUGCAUUCUAUUUUAUGCCAUAUGCGUUAUUGAUUUAAUACUACUUCUAUUCUCGUGUUCCUUUUUUAUUCUCCCUUACUAAUAAGAAGAUGUCGAAUAGCAAUUUAUAAUUGAAAAAGAAACUACUGAUUGGAACCUGAAUUUAAAUUAACAGCAAUUCACUCGUUACCCCAUCAUAGGAAAAUUGAAUGGUCAAGAAUUUAGACUUGAAAAACAUCAUUAUGUUAAUCUUCUCGACAAUAACACUUCAACCUACUUCCAGAAAACUAAUUUCCAUGAAUUCUUGGGCUAUCUUGAUUAUCAGUUGGCCAAUUUAAUGUUGCCAAAAGUGCAUUGUCUCUUACUUUAGUUUUCAAAACGAUAAACUUAAAAAAUUAUAAAAAAUUUGCCGCAAUGUAAUAAAUCGAUUGGCAUACCCAUCACUCCCUGGUUUUGGAAGGGAGAUUAAAUAUACUACCUGGCUGAAAUAUGUUUCAAGAUCUCAUCCAAGGAUAAUAAAUUAUAUUUUGAGGGUGGGUGCAUGAAAGACGGCUUCAUAUAUAAAAAACUAUCAACUGAUGAAACAAUAAAUUUUGACAACUUAUCAUUGUACCUUACACAUGUAGAUGAUCAAUAGAUGAAUAGAUUUAAAUUUUCCGAGAAAAACUAAAAACCAUUUAUAACAUCACUCCAUUUAACUUUAAUAUAUUAUUGCUUCUUAUUUGGCAUUUCAGGUACCAUAUACAUGAUAUUAAUUUAUUGUAUUUUAUCAAUAAGAAAAAGGAGUGAAAAUUAAUAUGUAUGA